GUUUCUGUAUUAUUAACACAACGCAUAACACACAAAUGUACUGGCAAAGGCUGAAGGGAAGCGACCUUCAGUGGUCACGUGAUCUUAGGGGCGUGACUUCACGAAAAAAACAUGGCUGCGCCCGGAGAGAUCAUGUUGGAUUAAUCUGCUAUUUGUGAACGAUCUAGGCAUUAUAAUAUAAAAUGCAUUCAUAAAUAAGAUUGUUUACUUAUAACUGAAGUGACAAUGAAGACAUUUUGCGGUCGUGCAAAUCCAACAACCGGAGCGCUGGAUUGGGUUGAGGAAAGCGAGGAGUAUGAUUACCAUCAGGAGAUUGCGAGAUCCGGCUAUGCAGAUAUGCUCCAUGAUAAAGACAGAAAUGAGAAAUACUACCAGGGCAUUCGAGCAGCGGUGAGCAGAGUAAAGGCACGCGGUGAACAGGUGGUGGUCCUGGACAUCGGCACUGGGACGGGUUUGCUCUCCAUGAUGGCUGUGACGGCUGGAGCCGAUUAUUGCUAUGCUAUAGAGGUGUUUAAACCCAUGGCACAGGCUGCCACUUGCAUCGUGGAGAGGAACGGCUUCUCAGAUAAAAUCAAGGUCAUCAACAAACACUCCACAGAGGUUACAGUUGGACCAGAUGGAGACAUGCAAGAACGAGCUAACAUCCUUGUAACGGAGCUGUUUGACACAGAGCUGAUCGGUGAAGGAGCAUUGCCCAGCUAUGAACAUGCACACAUGCACCUCGUCCAGGCAGAUUGUGAAGCUGUGCCACAUCGUGCCACGGUCUAUGCCCAGCUGGUGGAGUCGGAUAUGCUGUGGAAAUUGUCACAGCUCCAACCCAUAGAGGUGGAUGGGAACAAACUGCUGCCCCCUCCUGCUGUGGUGAAGUGUGCAGGAGCGCCCUCUGUCUGUGAUAUCCAGCUUAGCCAGGUGCCACCAGAGUCUUUCACUCCCCUCGGGCCCAUCUGCACCAUGUUCAGGGUGGAUUUCAGCAAACAGGUUAGUAGCGCUGCUCAGUCCUACACGGCACAGUUCAAAGCACAGACCAGCGGGAGAGCACAGGUGGUCUUAUCCUGGUGGGACAUCGACAUGGACCCUGAUGGCAGCAUUGUGUGCACUAUGACCCCCAGUUGGAACUACUCAGAUCCUCAUACUUACCCUUGGAGGGAUCACUGGAUGCAGAGUGUCUACUUCCUGCCUGCAGAGAAGAAUGUGUCAGAAGGAGAAGAGCUGAAUUUAAUCGUCUCCCAUGAUGACUACAGUCUCUGGUACAGCCUUACGCACAAUGUACAAAAUGAUGUCAAAGUGGCAACGUUUCGGCCAUGCUGCACCUGUCAGGCCCAUCUGGUCUGGACGAGGCCUCGCUUCGGGGAACUGAAUGACAAGCAGAGGACUGAGAGUUAUGUGAACGCAUUACGCCGUAUUGUGAAACCAGACAGUGUGUGUUUGUCUGUCAGUGAUGGGAGCCUGUUACCCAUUUUUGCUCAUCUACUUGGGUCUAAAAAGGUGUUCAGUUUGGAAAGCUCUGGAAUGGCGAAACAAGUGAUCGAACAGGCGCUGAAUACUACCUCACUGAAGCAUGGAGUACAGCUGCUGGGAAUACGACCUGAGCAGCUCUCAUUAGCUGAUUUAGAAGGAAAUCAGAUUUCAGUAUUGAUGGGAGAGCCGUACUUUAGCACCAGUCUUCUGCCGUGGCACUCUCUGUUUUUCUGGUAUUGCCGCACCGCUGUGGCGCAAAAAUAA